UCCUCACAGUACAGUGCUGUGGAUACAAACCCUCUAUCUGUGUAUGUUAUGCAGCCCCUCUGGGACAAAAUUAUUAAGAUAGUGCCUUUGUGGAUUGCUCCCAACGUGUUAACAUUCUCUGGAUUUGUGAUGAUUUUAGUUAAUUAUUUUCUACUCUCUUUUUACGAUUGGGACUACACUGCCUCAGGUUCCAGUCCUGGGCUUGUUCCAAGCUGGGUAUGGCUGUUCAGUGCUUUUACCACCUUCUGUGCUUACGCGUUAGACUCCAUAGAUGGGAAACAAGCUCGAAGGACGCAGUCCAGUAGUCCUCUGGGAGAAUUAUUUGACCAUGGACUGGAUAGCUGGGCUACCUCCAUUUUUGUGCUCUCUUUUUUUUCUGUCUUUUCCCGUGACAAUGGGAGGACUGGAGUUUCUGUAUAUACAAUGUAUUUAUAUUUAAGCAUUGUUUUGUUUAACUUCUUGUGUUCACACUGGGAAAAAUACAACACGGGAGUUCUUUUUCUUCCUUGGGGAUACGAUCUGAGCCAAGUGGUACUAAUAGCAGCAUAUCUACUGACUGGUGCUGUUGGUGUGGAAGUCUGGCACAAGCCUGUCCUGUUUGGUUAUUACAUUACAGAUGUGUUAGUGAUCUUGCUAAUAGGCUUCAGUUUAUUUCUUUCAUUUCCACAAACACUUUACAACAUUCACAGAGCACAUCUAAAGAAAACACUGAAGAAUGGUUCCUUGUAUGAAGGACUUCUACCUCUUGUGUCACCUCUGUUGCUGUUCAUUCUUCUUACAGUCUGGGUGGUUUUAUCACCGGGCAACAUAUUAGCAAGGCAACCAAGACUCUUUUUGUGGAUGGUUGGGGUUGCUUUCUCAAAUGUUGUUACCACAAAGUGCAACCCGCAUUUCUCUACCUGCCAGCAUCUUGAACUUCUCAUGCCUUUGACAACAUAUUUAGCUGCCCAUCCUGUUCUGAACUCCCACCGUUGCUCCCCGCUGCAAGGGCGCCCGUUGAGGGAGCGGGCGCGUUGCACGCGGCGGGAGGAGGCCGCGCUCGCCCUGCUCGCCCUGGCCGCCACGGCCGCGCACCUGCACUACGGCGUCUGCGUGGGAAGGCAGCUGAGCGAGCACUUCAACAUUUACAUCUUUUCCUUGAAGAAACGUGUCCAAGAAUGAGCGCUUGUGCUGUGACCAGAUUGUAUCAUUUCCCAUGGGAAUG